UCGAAGAGGAUCAGGAGGGGGUGAAAGAACGAAAACAUAUCGGAUUUGGACUAAAUUAAUCAUUGUCACAUAUCACAGGAAAAAAGGAAUUAACCCAGCACUUCCAACUGUUUGGAUGCGGAUUUUCAGCUCGCUAAUGUCCCGUGAUAACGGCAGCAACCGGGUCUAUUUAUGAGUACGGGUUUUAUGCGCUGUCUUUUUAAAGUGUUAUAGCCUAUAUCUUUUUUUCCUUGCGGAUUUUCAAACCUAUCCUUGAAGCAGUGAGAGCUUUAGGGCAGGAGAGUGGGGACGUGUGGAGACGAUACUCAACGACAAAGCACACAAGGAUUCUCUAGUCUUUUUACCCUGACGCCACCUGACAGAUUCUUUUUCUAAAGACAACCUUUAGAGUAAAAUUGUGUUAGAGAUACGAGGGGAAACGAUUCUGAAGCACCAUUCCAACGGAUGACAGAGAGCCAGGUGUGUGUAAUGUGUGGGAGUGUGUGAUGUUGAGAUCGGUUCCGAAGCUGGGUGGACACCACUAGACGACCUAACGCCUCUCUCACACCCCAACAUGGAGUAGAGCCCCACGUCUCUGGACAUCAAAGGUGGCAGUGACGAGGGGUAUCCCCGGGAGAGGACCCAUGAGGAGGCAUAGAAGAUGCUCGCAGCCUGGGCGCCUCUGCUCUUCUUAGCAAUGUGGGUGAGAAGCUCUAUCUGCGGCCCGCUCUCCUUCAGACUAGCUGCCAUCCUAGAUGACCCGAUGGAGUGCAGUCGUGGUGAGCGUCUAGCGAUCACUCUGGCCAAGGAGCAGAUCAACAGGUCCAGCAACCGCUCUACCACCGGCAAGCUGGAGGUGGACAUCUUUGAGCUGCUGAGAGACAGCGAAUAUGAGACGGGAGAGACUAUGUGCCAGAUCCUAUCCAAAGGGGUCGUGGCAGUACUGGGUCCCUCGGCCAGCCCUGCUUCCAACUCCAUCAUCAGCAAUAUCUGUGGAGAGAAAGAGGUGCCGUAUGUGAAAGUAGCCCCCGAGGACAUCCUGAAGGUGCAGUUCCCACGCUUCACCACGCUGGACCUGCGGCCGACCAACACGGACAUCAGCCUGGCCGUCGCUGGAAUACUCACCUUCUUCAACAGCACCACCGCCUGCCUCAUCUGCGCACAGGCCGACUGUCUGUUAAACCUGGAGCGGUUGCUGCGGCAGUUUCUGAUCUCCAAGGAGACGCUGUCGGUUCGGAUGCUGGACGACAGCCAGGACCCCACGCCGCUCCUGAAGGAGAUCCGUGACGACAAGACGGCCACCAUCAUCGUGGAUGCCAACGCCACCAUGUCACACAUCAUCCUGGAGAGGGCAUCAGAGCUGGGAAUGCUGUCUGUCUAUUACACGUACAUCUUCACAUCACUGGAGUUCUCCAUGCUGCGGCUGGACGACGUGGCGGACCAGCGGGUCAACAUCCUGGGCUUCUCCGUCUUCAACCACACACACCCCUUCUUCCAGGACUUCCUGCUCAGUCUCAACCGCUCCUGGCAGGAGAACUGCGACCACGCGCCUUUCGCUGGAACCCCGCUCUCGUCAGCGCUGCUGUUCGACGCGGUACACGCUGUGGUGGCGGCGGUGCAGGAGUUGAACAGGAGCCAGAACGUGGGAGCAACGCAGCUCUCCUGCAAGUCCUCCAAGAUCUGGGAGCACGGGACCAGCCUCAUGAACUACCUGAGGAUGGUAGAACUGGAAGGUCUAACAGGCCACAUUGAGUUUAAUAGCAAAGGCCAGCGGUCCAACUACGCCCUCCGAAUCAUGCAGAAUGGCAAAGAUGGCCUAAGGCAGAUUGGACAGUGGCAUUCGGAGCAGGGGUUGUCCAUGGAGAGAAAGCUACCGUCAAUCAACGUGACCGACACGCUAUUCAACACUACACUUACUAUCACCACCAUCCUCGAGAAUCCAUACGUGAUGCUGCGUCCGAACCACCAGGAGAUGGAGGGAAAUGACCGGUACGAGGGCUUCUGUGUGGACAUGUUACGAGAGCUGGCGGACAUCCUCAAGUUCAACUACCGCAUCCGGCUCGUGGCCGAUGGCGUCUACGGCGUGUCGGGCGCCAACGGUACCUGGACGGGCAUGGUGGGCGAGCUCAUGACCAGGAAAGCAGACUUGGCUGUUGCUGGACUCACCAUUACUGCGGAGAGGGAGAAGGUCAUUGAUUUCUCCAAGCCCUUCAUGACCUUGGGGAUCAGCAUCAUGUACCGGGUGCACAUAGGACGGAGACCUGGUUAUUUCUCCUUCCUGGACCCUUUCUCCCCCGGUGUUUGGCUCUUCAUGCUGUUGGCCUACCUGGCUGUCAGCUGCAUUCUCUUCCUGGUGGCCAGACUAACUCCGUAUGAGUGGUACAAUCCCCACCCCUGCCUGAAGGGGCGCUGUAGUCUGCUGAUUAACCAGUACUCCCUGGGCAACAGCUUCUGGUUUCCCGUGGGGGGGUUCAUGCAGCAGGGCUCCACCAUCGCCCCCCGAGCCCUCUCCACCAGAUGCGUCAGCGGCGUAUGGUGGGCGUUCACCCUGAUCAUCAUCUCCUCGUACACGGCCAACCUGGCGGCCUUCCUCACCGUGCAGCGCAUGGAGGUGCCCAUCGAGUCCGUCGAUGACCUCGCUGACCAGACCGCCAUUGAGUACGGCACCAUGCACGGAGGCUCCACCAUGACCUUCUUCCAGAACUCACGCUACCAGACGUACCAGCGCAUGUGGAACUUCAUGCACUCCAAGCAGCCCAGCGUGUUUGUGAAGAGCACAGAAGAGGGCAUCGCCCGCGUGCUCAACUCCAACUACGCCUACCUGCUGGAGAGCACCAUGAACGAGUACUACCGCCAGCGCAACUGCAACCUCACGCAGAUCGGAGGCCUGCUCGACACCAAGGGCUACGGCAUUGGCAUGCCAUUGGGGUCGGUGUACCGGGACGAGUUUGACCUGGCCAUCCUGAAGCUGCAGGAGGACAACCGUCUGGAGAUCCUCAAGCGGAAGUGGUGGGACGGAGGCAAGUGUCCAAAGGAGGAGGACCAUCGAGCCAAAGGGUUGGGCAUGGAGAACAUCGGUGGGAUCUUCGUGGUGCUGGUGUGUGGUCUGCUGGUGGCCAUCUUCAUGGCCGUGCUGGAGUUUGUGUGGAUGCUUCGCCACGCGCCGGGCACUGAGCUGUCGGUGUGUGAGGAGAUGCUUCGUGAGCUCCAGGGCAUCGUCCUGUGCCGAGACAGCCUGCAGCAGCUCCGCCGUCGCCGUGGCGCCAGCAUGCUGCGGCCGCGCCCCCUGCCCCUGGACGAGCGUCGGGCACGCUCCGCCGCCGCUGCCGCCGCCGCUGCCGCCAGCCUGAGCAACGGCAAGCUGUGCGCGGGCACCGGGCUGCCCGAGCCCCUCUCCCACAGACUGGCGCAGGAGGCCGCCCUGGUUGCCCGCGGCUGCAGCCACAUCCGCAUCUGCCCCGAGUGCCGGCGGUUCCAGGGGCUCCGCGUGCGGCCGCCCGGGGUCUCCCCCGCACACAGCGAGGAGAGCUUAGAGUGGGAGAAGACCACCAACAGCAGCGAACCUGAAUAACAACACAGACAGACAAACACACACAUACAUACACACCUUCACAUGCUCACUCAAACACACACACCUACAUCUACACACACACACACACACACACACACACACAGACGUUCAGCUCUGCCCCAACUGGAAACUGACCCCAUGCUGGUGCAGGGGAGUGGGGCCGUUAUGUAGUCGUUGUCGUCGUUGUUGCUACAGUGCUGGCUGGUUCAAGCUGGAGAGACAGGACCUCCGCGGAGCGCCGCUGUUAUCUAAACGCAGCACUGUUGGACCGCAGGAGCACACACGUCUAGUGGAUAUACUCUUUUGCUACGGCACUCCUGUGUGGAAUAUCUGUAUGGAGAGCGCAGCACGGAGACUGGAGAAUUGUGGGAUAUAUGCACAGUGACAGGAGGAUAGUCUUUCUGCAGACUCCUUUCCCUUGUGUCGCUUCGUCAAACAUGACUCCAGGCUUGUUUUGGAAGGGCAUUGUACUAUGCAGUAAAUUUGUCUUUGAUUGUGUCGA